GAGUUUCUCACCUAAAGGGUCUAACCAUUUUUUGAGCUUAGCAUAACUCUCAGGAGAGACGAAUUUCUUUUAAACAACUGUUCACCAUGCAGUUCACGUUAGUACGACUGAUUCAAGCAACUGCAUUGCGACGAAUAGCAAAUCGAAUUGGUGAGACAGAACAGCAUUGGAUGCAAACUAUCGCUCAGCGCAUCCCCUCCAGUGGGAUGACCCUCCCCCAGCUUCAGGCGUUGUUGGAGGAUGAGAUGCCAUCGUUUUCCCCAUCUAUCCUGGGGGCGAACACCCUCAAGGAGGCACUUCAAUCGAUGCCCGACUUACUGACGAUUGACCGCGAUUCCGACGGCAAGGAAGUUGUCAAGCGAUGCGUCCCUGGUUCUUAUUCCAAAUCGAGCACUACUAUGGAUUUAUCUAACUUUUUUGAUUUACAAAAGGUGUACAAGUACUGUGAAUCCGUCCACAGAAAAAACUCACAGAAUCCGUUUAUCCGUCUGGAUGACGUCUUAUUACGUACUGGGGUUAAGAAUGUUAACAUAGUGGAUCAUAUACUGGAUCCGUCGCAAAAACGACUCAAGGUGAAGAUGAGUUUGAAAAUAAAGCCCAAACGUCCUCCUCGGGCAGCCAUUGUAUUCGUAGACGGUGAUGAACUACCAGCCGUUGCUGUAGAUGGUAUGUGUAGCGCGUUAAACCUUAUUAAACCUGAGUGUACCAUGCAUAUUAUUAGACGCCAAGCUAGUCUUCCAUUGUCAAAUGUCGACGAGAUUUCACCAGAUGAAGUGCCAACAUUCCUGACUAUUGAAAAAAAAGCACACGAGUUGCGACUCCGAAACCCGGGCGUUCUGAAAGACAUUAUUUACAUGUGCUCAGCUAAGCAGUACGAAAAAUACGCACAGCAUGUUGCGCGACUUAAUGAGUUUCCGGAUGCUGAUGUGUAUGUGUGUUGCCCUAGUCGAAUAGAGAUUGUACAGCGCAAGCGUUUCAUACCUUUUCACCCAGACACAGCAGCACCUAGAUAAGUAAUUUUAUGCCACUUAAAAUACGGUA